CCAGGCCCUUCCGCACGCGCUCCAGUUGCCGACCGUCGCUCUUGCGGCCUGUGGGAGGAAGACCUGCGAUCUCUUCUGGCGGCACCCACUGACCUUCUCUCCCCGGCCCCAUGUUUCCGACGUGGGGUCUGUACGGGGCGGCCCCAGGGGCCUAUCCGCCGCCCACGAUGAUGCCGCCUCCUCCGUUGCCCGGGCCUCCGCCGGCCGUGAUGUCCGCCGGCCUGCCGCCGCAGGUCCCGGUGGUGCCGCCACCUUACGCGGCCUCCUCGGCGGCUUCCUCCGCAUCUCCAGUGAGCGGCACGUCGGGCUUUCUGAGCCUGCAGGAGCAGCACCUGGCCCAGCUGCAGCAGCUCCAGCAAAUGCACCAGAAGCAGCUGCAGUCUGUGCUGCUGGGGGGCCCCCCUCCGCCUCCGGGACCUCCGCCCAGCCUGCCGCCGCCUCCCCUCCCCGGAGCCUCGGCCCCUACCACCUCCUGGCAGCCUCCUGUCCCAACCGGUCCACCCCCCACACGCACUUACCAGAAGCAGUUUAAGCACCGCGACCCGCCGCCCCCGCCACCUCCUCGCGACCCGCCGAUCCGCAACCCCCCAAUGCCCCCUUUGCCCCGAUCAGAGGAGAGUGUGGAGCCGCCUGAACCUCUUCAGGAAUGGGACAGCGUACCGGCCUCGGCCAGUCCCGGCAUGGACAUGGAUAUGGACUUGUCCUCCCCGCCCCAGUCUCCGGGCUCGUCUUACCUGCCCCCUCUUCAGGAUGACUCUUGCCUUCGCCCCUCCCAACUUCUGCCCUCACAGACCCGCAGUCCGCCGCCCCCUCAGUCAUACCAGGACCGUUCCCAGGCCUUUGCAGAACAGACUUUCUCCGAAUCUUCUCCCGCAGCAGUUUCCCAGCCUUACCUGACACAGUCUUACCAAACCACUUCCCAGCCAGCAUCCUCCCAGUCGGUUCAGUCCAAGGCUCCUUCGAUCUCCCAGUCUGAAUCUCGCUUCACCUCGUCCCAGGUGUCACAGCCUGCCCCUGAACCUCAGGAGUUCAGACAGGGCAGUAGUAAGCACACUGAUAACAAGGGUGAGCGACUGCAAAGUACCUCCCGUGCAGACCUCUCCACAAUGACGCCCCAGGAACAGCAGAAAUAUUGGUACCAACAGCAUCUGCUUACUCUGCAGCAGAGGGCAAAAGCACAUGCACUGGGACAACAGCUUCCACAAGACCUAGGCGUUGCAAAUGAUGCUCCAGAGCAGAGGCAAGAAGAAAGGGAAAUGUCUCUUUCUGACCAACUUUCUGAGUCCACCUUGCAUUAUGAACCCCAGUUAUCUCAUUCCAAAGACGAUGACCUUCCUUUGUCAUCCAUUGAACCUAAGCUGAGCAUCAAACCACCAGAGGAUCCUGAGGAGAGUUUAAGGUUGCAGCAACUGCAGGCUGCAGCUACCCAAUGGCAGCAGCAUCCACAGCAGCGUGUGGGCUUCCAGUACCAGAGAAUUAUGCAAAAGCAUGCACAGUUGCAACAGAUGCUGCAUCAUUAUCAACAGAUCAUACAACAACCCCCACAUUUGCCUACAAUGUCAACAGAGAUGCAGCUACAGCAUUAUGAGUCACAACACAAAAAGUUCCAGCCACUUUAUAAAGAAUGGGAACGGGAAUUUCAGCAGUGGCAGGAUCAGCUCCAGACCUAUCCUCACAAGGACCAGCUUCAUGAGUGCGAGAAACAAUGGAACAUGUGGCAAGGGCAGAUGAAAGCCACGCAGAACCACUUGCUGGAGAAAGUGAAGUCCCUUCAAAAGAUGAGCAGUCAAUAUACUGGGGGUACAACUGUUCCACAGUUUCCUCCAUUUUCUCAGACUGCUCAAGUGGGCGUGCCUGUUAUGCCCUCUACUUUGCCCUCAGCUACACUGUCUGUGACAUCCUCUGGGUUCUCUUCUGGCUCUCAUGGAACUGAUAUAUCUGGUCCCAAAGAAUCUGGUCUUCAGAGUACCCAGAACACUGAAACUGCAAGGGCUGCUCCAUUUUCUUCAUCAGCUGCUUUUCAGUUUAAAUUGGCCGAGUCAUCUACUACUUCCCAUGCAACAGAGAUUUCUAGGCCAGCUCUGCUUCCCCCAUCCACACCUCCUUCUUAUACAUUUAAAGCAACAGAGUCACCCACUGCCUCUCAGUCCAUGGAAACAACCAGGCCGGCAUUCCUUCCCACACCUUCCCUUAGUUCUUUUUCAUUUAAAAUGACCGAUUCUUCUGCUGCCUCCCAAGCCACUGAUGUAGGCAGACCAUCUCUCCUUCCUACCCCUGCUGCUUCUUCCUUUUCAUUUAAAAUUAUUGAUUCACCUCCCACCUCUCACACCAUCGAGACAGCUAGGCCAGCUCUACUUCCUACUCCCACCCCUCCUUCUUUUUCUUAUAAAGGUUCAGAUUCGUCUACCACAAUGCCUUAUCACUCAAAUGUGACAUCAUCUACUAGUUCUUCUGACCAAGGCAUUCCUCUGGGCAAACAGGCAAUGCCAUUUGGUUCUGGCUCAUCUGAACUAGGCUCUGCUGAAGUGAAGCCGCCUUCUACAGUGUCCUCAUCAUCUGUAGCCACCACCACUGCCACCACUACCUAUCAGAGCAAACCAGUGAGAUCAACUGGGUUUACUGAAUCUCCCAGAGGGCUGUGUUUUGAUGGCCCUAGGGGUCCAAGGUUUGAUGGACCACGAGGAGGAAGCUUCGAGAGAUUUGAAGCCCCAAGACAGAGAGGGCCGCAUUUCCAGGGCCAGCGGUUAGAAGGCCCAAAGCCAAGGCUUCAAAAUCAGAAAAUGGAUGGAUCUUCCGGCAAACAGGGAACAAUCCCCCGGGGCCCAGCAGCAGCAUUUUAUUCUGCGUCAGGCAUAUCGCAGGCGCAGGCUUCCCAAUCAGGUGGAACACAGUGGCGGGGGUCUAGGCCCCCUUCGGGUCAGCAGCAUCCGCAGGCCGAUGGUAGCAACUCUUUCAGUGAUGUGGCCAGCACUCAGGCAGCUGCAAAUCAUUCUAAACCUCCACUGGAUAGAAAAAAUUCUGGUCAACUUCAGGCAGGUAAAGGCCCAUCUACCAUGCAGCAAAAUACAUCCAGAAUAGAUGGCAAAGAAGUGACAUCAGAAGCACAAAAGUGGAGCACCACAGAGCCUGGACGGCAGAUAGAAGCAUCUAAAACAGCUUCUGGUCCAUCAUCAGUUCCUGCUCCGCCACCAAAACCAGGAGGGAAGAAACCAUUGCUGCCAACUCCAGCACUUGGAAAUACAGACUUGAACUCUGCAGAGAGCAAAUUAGUUUCGCCUGAAAAUAGCCAGAACAAGGAACCACCUAAACUAGAGGACAGGGGGAGAGGGCAGAUUAAGCCAGGAGAUAAUCAAUCUAAAGGACCAGCUGUCAGAGGUAGAGGCCAAGGUCGGAUAGAGGAUACGAGAGGUAGAGGCCAGACCCGGUUAGAAAAUGCCAGGGGCAGGGGGAUGCCAACUCGAGGUAGAGGCAGAGGUCAGAUUAGAGAUGUAGCUGGCAGAGGGUUAAACAGUGGCACAGAACUCCAUGAGAAGCUGCCAGAGAGACAGCCAGGCAGCUGGGAACCAGGCAGUCAGGAGAGAGUACAAGGCAGGCGAUCCAGGAGCCAGGAAAGAGGGUUGCCAGCUAGAGAUGGAGAGCCAGAUCAUCGAACGGGCAGCAGAGAGAGAGGCCGUGCAAGUAGCCGGGAGAGGGAACCGGUCAGGCGGCCUGGUAGCCGAGAGAGGAGGCUGGAUCGGCAGGCCAGUAGCCGGGAAAGGGGUCCCAGUCGACAAGCUGGUAGCAGAGAGAGAGGCUCAGAUCGGCGACCUAGUAGCCGGGACAGAGACCCAGUCAGAAGGCCUAGCAGCCAGGAAAUGGAACUUCACAGGCACGACGUAGGUCUUGGAGGCAAUACUGAAAAUUUACCUCCAUUUUGUGAUGAACCACGCAGGCCUCCAUGGGCUUAUGGAGAUUCAAACCUAGAAGAAGGAUGUCCAUUUGAAUACAGAGAUGUUCCACCUUUAGAACGCAGACGAUUGGACGAUUGGGAAAGUGAUAGAUACUGGCCUGAACGUGAACGUGACCGCCGGUAUCAUGAUAGCUCUCUUGAUCUGUAUGAGAGAGAUGAUUCGCUAUCACAUCGUCGUCCAUUGCCUCCUCUUUCACCUCUCCCUCCUCUCCCUCCUUUACCUCCAUUGUCUGCUGACCUUGACAGACGUGAUUCAUUUUGGAAUGACUGGGAAAGGCCAGUGACUAGAGAGAGGGAGAUGGACAGAGACCUGGACAGGAUCAGAAGACCCUUGGAUUCUUAUGAUCGUGAAUUUGGAAGAGACUGGGACAGAGAUUACAUAAGGCCACUGAGUGACAGAGAUACACUGAGUCGUGAUCUAGACAUACCUCCUCUCCCACCUUUGCCUCCCCUUCCGCCACUUCCUCCUUUGGACAGGUAUCGUGAAGAGCAGUGGAUGGAGGACAGAGACAGAGAUUUCUAUGAUCCUAGAGACAGAGGGGAACUUAGAAUCAGAGAGUAUCCAGAUACAUGGAGGGAGCCAUCUGACUUUCCUCCUGAAAGGAAUGAUUGGGAGAGGAAAAGACUUCCAGAAAAGUGGUAUCCAGAGGAUGUGGACAGAUUCCCAACUUUAGAUGAUCAUCUGGAACCGCCGCCUCUGCCACCAUUAUCUGAUAUACGUGCAGAAGAACCAAGUGCAAAGUCUGAGCAGUCAACAGGAGGAGUAAUGGUCCUUAGUCAAAGGCAACAUGAAAUAAUCUUGAAGGCUGCCCAGGAGUUGAAAAUGCUAAGAGAACAGAAAGAACAUAUGCAGAAGAUGCAAGACUUCGUUCCUGAGCCUGAUCUGCCACCACAGGAAAUGGCUAGAGUCCAAAGUUCAGUGGCUACAAGGCAGGAGAACUUUCAGGCACCUUCUGAAAUGCAACCUGAAAUACCUAUAGAGGAACAACCAAUUGCACCAACUCCAGCUGUAAUUAUAAAGCCACCCAUCUUAUUUCGGCAGCCCACCCCAACCACAAAGGCAACUGCCCCUGUAGCAAAGCUUUCUGUCCCAGCAGUGAGGCCACCUGUUCCAGCUGCAAAAGCCCCUCUUCCCAUGGUCAGGCCACCGGCUCCAUCAGUGCCACCAGACCCUCCAGGUCCCCUUUCAACUGCAGCAGCCACUCAGGUUUCAGCUUCUGUGGUGAAGCCAUCCCUUGCUAUGAACCAAGAGCGUUGGGAUGAAGAUUCUUUCCAAGGGCUUUGGGACACCAGUGAAGAUAAAGGAAUAAAAUCAGAGUACGACUUACCUAAAACAGACCCCUCACCAAUCCCAACAUCCCUUGCGUCAGGUAUGCCACAACUUUCCAAGCCACCAGUUAUGCAUCAGACCGUCGACUAUGGACACGGCCAUGGCCAUGGACACGGUCAAGGUGACGGUGGUGGCCACGAGGGCCUUCAAGCAGUUCCAUCCGGUUCACCAUCUCUGCACACUUUUGGACAAAGGGGACCUGGCUACAGUUUUGCACACUCUGAUAUAACUGCCAGUAAAGGUGGACAAAUUCCGUAUGGAGAGCGAGUAACUCUGCGUCCAGAACCUCCUCAUGAAAGACAGUCCUUUUCAAAAGAGCAUCCUGGCCAGAGAGAUCGAUACAUCAAGGAGAGAGAAACUCACUUCGAGCGACAAAAUAAUACAAAUACAGACCAUAGAGAUUUCAGACGAGAACGAGAAUCCUAUAGAGACCGUAGUUCUGGAGACCAUGAACGGGAAAGAUUUGACAAAGAUCGUUACCCACGAGAAGACAGGCCAUCUCCUUCAAGAACUCAGUCUUACCGCGACAAAGACCAUUUAAACUCAAGGAGGGGGGGAUUUGAAAGACAGUCGUACGAAAGAAAGCCGGAUCGUCCUCCUUAUGAUCAUGGACCUACUGGAUUUGGAGGUGAUAGGAGAAAUUACCCUGAGGAGAGAAUGCCUAUUCCUGCUCCAUCAAUACCCCGACAGCCACCUCCUGCACCACGUGUAGAGAAGAAACCAGAAUCUAAAAAUGUGGAUGAUAUACUGAAGGCACCUGGACGAGAGAGUAGGCCAGAGAGAAUCGUCAUUAUCAUGAGAGGAUUGCCUGGCAGUGGGAAGACACAUGUGGCUAAGCUCAUCAGGGAUAAAGAAGUUGAAUGUGGAGGAGCUGCUCCCAGAGUCCUCAGCCUGGAUGACUAUUUUAUCACUGAAAUAGAAAAAGAAGAACGAGACCCAGAUACAAAGAAAAGGGUGAAAAAGAAGGUUUUGGAGUAUGAAUAUGAAGCUGAUAUGGAAGAGGUCUACCGUGCCAGCAUGUUCAAAACCUUCAAAAAGACUUUGGAUGAUGGGUUUUUCCCUUUCAUUAUCCUUGAUGCCAUCAAUGACAAAGUGCGUCACUUUGAUCAGUUGUGGAGUGCUGCAAAAACAAAAGGGUUUGAGGUCUACAUAGCUGAAAUAAGUGCAGACAACCAGACCUGUUGCAAGAGAAACGUCCAUGGACGCAAGCUCAGAGAAAUCAGCAGGAUGGCUGAUUAUUGGGAGAUGGCCCCCCGUCACAUGAUACGUUUAGACAUUCGUUCUCUGCUACAAGAUGCUGCUAUCGAAGAGGUGGAGAUGGAGGAUUUUGAUGCCAACAUUGAAGACCAGAAAGAAGACAAGAAAGAUGCAGAUGAAGAAGAGAGUGAACUGGGUUACAUUCCGAAAAGCAAAUGGGAGAUGGAUACUUCUGAAGCAAAACUAGACAAAUUGGAUGGGCUGCGAACUGGUGCUAAGCGGAAACGCGAUUGGGAGGCAAUUGCCAGCAGAAUGGAGGAUUACCUUCAGCUUCCAGAUGACUAUGAUACCCGUGCUUCUGAACCUGGAAAGAAGAGGGUGAGGUGGGCAGACCUUGAAGAGAAAAAGGAUGCAGACAGAAAAAGGGCCAUUGGUUUUGUUGUUGGACAGACAGAUUGGGAGAAAAUCACGGAUGAAAGUGGUCAUCUUGCUGAGAGAGCCCUCAAUCGCACCAAAUAUAUCUGAUGCAGUUGUUUCAUGGGAUUUCUCUACCUUUUAAGGCCAUUUGCUUUGAUGAGAGCUGAACGUGAAGUGAUGUUCCCCCAUCUUGAGUAUUGUGGGGUUUCUUUCUUUAGAAACUUUUUUAUUUUGUUGUGUUCUUUGAAAUUUUGACUAGUGAUGUCCAGCCGCCCCAAGUAACAUGGAAUCCCAUUGCACCUAAAUGUGAAAGAAGGUUUUUGUUUUAAGAAAGUAGUUUUAGCUCUUAUGCGUGCAGUAGAAUGGAACGAUUAGGCCUAUUUCCACUGCUAUAUUUGUCACAAAAUAUCUGCAUUUACCAUUGCGUUGUUGCUUCGUGGCUAUUAUUUUAUACUGUACAAACUUUGUAGUUUAUUGUACUACAGUAUGGAACAAUAAACUUUCACUAUGAACCCA